AUGGCCCAAGCAGCCUCUGGAGUUAGAGUACCAGUUGGAAUGGAAGAUCAGUUGAUAAGAAGGACCUUGCCUUUGGCUGAGUUAAGAAAUACUAUGUUAGCCGAUUCCUGGGUAAUUAAUAUAGAAAAUCUGGUCGAUGAUGAUUGGAGGAUACCAUUUAUAAUGUUUCUUCGAAAUCCAAACAUCAAAGCUGAUAGAUGUAUCAAGAGAAGAGCAGUCAACUUUCUACUCCUUGAUGGGGAUCUAUAUAGAAAAUGCCUUGAACAUGGACUCCUACUACAAUGCAUAAGUAAAGAAGAAUCACAUCAGGUUAUGGCCGAGCCAUUCAGAGGCUGGGGUUUUGACCUUAUUGGUAAAGUUAAUCUGCCAUCAAGUGAAGGCCAUCACUGGGUGAUUGUUGCCACGGAUUAUUUUACUAAAUGGGUUGAGGCCAAAGCUUGUAAAACGGUUGAUCAACAAACAGUGAUUAACUUCAUGGAACAACAUAUUAUCCACAGAUUUGGAAUUCCAGAAACACUUGUUUUAGACAAUGCAACAGUGUUUAGGGCAGCUGAUUUGUUACAAUUCAGCCACAAUAUGAACAUCCAUAUGUCAGCCUCUACAUUAUACUAUGCCCAAGCAAAUGGUCAGGCUGAGUCUUUAAACAAAAUUUUAAUAGAGAUCAUUGAAAAAAUGAUCAAAGCUAGGCCAAGAAGAUGGCAUGAGACUUUAUCUGAGGCUUUUUGGGCCUAUAAAUAUUCAAAAAGAACAGGCACAGGAAUCACACCAUACAUGUUAACUUAUGGUUAUGAUGCCGUUCUACCUAUGGAAAAGAAGGUUAAAUUAGCCAGAGUUACAUUCCAGAAUAAUUUAACUCCGGCUGAUUAUACUCAAGCGAUGUUGAUAGAAUUGGAAGACUUGGAUGAAGUUAGAUUGGAUGCUUUGGAUCAUAUCAUAGCUCACAAGAAAAAGGUGAUGAUGAUCUACAAUAAAAGGGUAAAACCCAAGUCUUUUGCUGAAGAAGAUUUAGUAUGGAAAGUUAUUCUGCCAGUAGGUAAGGUUAAUAGAAAAUAUGGGAAGUGGUCUCAUAAGUGGGAAGGGUCAUACUUAGUUCAUCAAGUCCUAAGUGGAGGUGCUUACAGGUUGAAGUAUCUUAGUGGCCGAUUACAUGAUUACCCCAUUAAUGGCACUUACCUUAAAAAGUAUGUGCCAACAAUCUUUAAAAGGGAAAAUUAG